AUGAGAUCCGGAAGACAGAAACGGUUCAAAAAACUUAAUGAUAAUGUUCCUUUAACAGAUUUACAGACUGAUUGUAAUCAUGAUUAUUCUAAUUACCGCGCGUCAAAUAGACCAUUUGACCUACCUACCAUUCCGACUUUACAACCUUCAUGUACCGAUUUUUCUGACUUCUAUUCGUUUUUAAGAAAAAAUGAACAAGUGCUUCUAGAAUAUCCGGCUGCCAAGGUAGUUCCUGCCCUUGGUUGGAAAUUACCUAUCGCUCUUGACCUUGAGACUUUUAAAUUUAAAGGUCAGAAACAAAAAUUGCAUAAGGAAUCUUUUCGCUAUGAUCUAAAUUAUGAUUAUUUUAAAAAGCUUAAAGAAUUUCACGGAGAAAGAGGUUUAUAUUUCAAUAAACCUCCAAUGCUCCAAAACCAACCAUUAGAUUUCCUUCAAUUAAGAAAUACCGUUUCUCGCUUCUCCAGUUUAGAAUCAACGUUGAGCAAUUCUGUGUUGUCAAAGAUUACGGAAAGCUUAAAUUUGCCAGAUUCCAAGGAUAUCAGACAGAUCCUUCUUCGAACCUACGAACGUUAUAUCAAACCAUAUGAACGAGCGCAUAUGAAUACUUCUUCUGCCAAUUCUGGCUCUGCUCCUCGAUCUACAAGACUUUCCCGUAGUUCUGUUGCUCAUGCCUCCGCCGAUGCAUCAACAAUACCAGAAAAUGAUACCUCCCGACCAAAUGGAUCGCAGGUAGCUGGUAAGCGUACUUUUUUUGAGCGUGGUGAGCAAUGUGAAUUUUGUGCAUCGGAUUCGAAUCCAGAGAGCAUAUUGCUUUGUGACGGUUGUGAGUGCGCUUAUCAUAUAUCCUGUCUUGACCCACCAUUGAAUGCUGUCCCCAAAGAUGAUUGGUAUUGUGAUUCAUGCAAACAUGGUAUUCAUUCCUAUGAUCCAAGGAAAGGGCAACAUUGGACUGUGGCUACCUUCAGGGACCACUCCAAUAAAUAUAUGGAAGCCGUGUUGACUAAGAAAUCCAUGUCUAUCCAUCCCACUGAAAACGAUUUGGAAAGCUUAUAUUGGUCGCUUAUGGAUGAGUACUCUUUGCUUUCAGAUGUGCAUCAAGUUGAAAGGUAUACCACUUCGUCAUUCAGCUCUUUGCCUUCUAAAGAAUUACAGCCUUCAAACCAAUCUUCGUUUGAUGCUUGGAACAUUCGUAAUGUCCCUCACCAAAAAUUCUGUCCUUUUAAUUUUACAAUUUCCGAUAUGCAUUCUUUAGCUACUCCAAAAAUGUCUAUAGGCAUGGCAUAUUCUACUUACGAAUGGCAACAAUCGCCUAUUGGGACUUCCCAGGUAUAUCACAAUAGGUAUGGCAGUACCGUCACUUGGUAUAUCUUGCCUUCAAAUCAAACCGAGAAGUUCGAAAAGUUUGUUAAUGGUUUGGAUAAUACCUACAAUGAUGGUGUCUUUCUAACCCCUUCUUUCCAAGUACCUUUUCCUAUAUCGCCGGAAGUCCUUUUGUCAAAUGGAAUUCAAGUCAUGGCUGUGGAUUUACGACCCAAUGAAUUCUUAAUUGUGGCUCCCAAGAGUUACCAUUUUGGAUUUCACCUUGGAUUUGGGUGUUUAGAAACAACUCAUUUUGCUACAGUUGAAUGGAUUAAAAAUGACAUUUUGAAAAGUUUUUUGAAUCGAAUGAAGGAUCUACACAUCCCUUCUCCUAUUUCAUAUGAUGCACUUAUUAUUUCCAUGGCUUUGUCACGGCUACCGGAAUUUACAAACGACUGGUUUAUUGAGAAGCUUCGAGAUGUCAUAAGCUUUGAAGUAUAUCAAAGAGAGCUGCUGUCAAAAUCGCAAUCGGGAAUUGCAAUAAGACAAUUGCAAGACCACCCUAUUCCGCAGGUCGUUUGUUCAAAGUGUCAAUGUAUGACAUUUAUGUCCUAUGUUAAAACUCACGUUUCGGAUGAGACUUAUUGUCUAGAGCAUUUUGUAGGAGAUUCCCAGUUAUCCUCUCAACCUUCAACAGUUUACUAUCGAUGGGAUACAACCGAGUUAUCCAAACUUUUGGAUCGAUUUUCUGCUUUCGUCAGAGCGCCUGUUGAGUGGUCUGAAAAAUUAAAAAGUAUAUUACUAGCAACUCCCAAACCUCAUUUGAAAUCUCUUGAAGCUCUUUUAGCUGAUGCGGAAUACGCAAUGCUAAAUACCAAGGAUACAACUGUCUUACGAAGCUUUAUUCAUAAAGCUAAAGCUUGGAUUAAUUCGAUCAAUCAUUGUUUAAGUAUCUCACCUAUAAAGAAAAGGAAAGAGAAAAAGCUGUCAUUUAUGAAGAUGCAUGAUCAGAGAGUAAACUCUACUGGAAUGCGUGACUUAAAAAAUUUAUUCCAAGUAUUACAAAAAUCUAAGGAUAUGUCUUUUACUUGCGAGGAAAUUGAAGCCAUGAAGAAAAAGGUAUCAGCCUUACUACAAUUUCGAGUCCGAUUAGCCAAAGUCUUUUCCGGUUCUCUAGACAGAAGAAUGUGCCAAAACUUGCUGAGUGAGGCAGAAUCUUUAGGGUUUAUGUUUCCUGAAUUAACUAUUAUUCAGAAGUAUUUGACACAAUAUGAUUGGCUUGACAUGUUUUACUCUAUUGAAACUGAAAAGACAUCAGAUGCUGAUUUAGAAAAACUCAUAUCCUUUGGUUUAGCUGCUGGAGUUCCUGAAGACAAUGAUCAUAUGAUUUUUGUUAGAGCUAUGAAAGGUAGAGCGGAAAUUUGGGAAAAUCAGGUUCGCGAUGCACUUUCAAAAAGUAAUGUAUCUUACGAUCGGUUGAGCCUUCUUAAAGAUGAAGCUUUAACGCUCUGUGUUGAUAAAGUUUUGUACACCAGGGUUGUCGAAAUAUUACAAAAUGCCGAAGAGGUGAAAAGCAGAAUUAACAGGUUAUGUGAACGCUCUCAAAACAAAACAUUCAAGUUUAGACCCGUAAUGGAUGAGGUGAAAGAUGCUUUGGCUCAAGCUGAAAAGCUUCCGAUGUUGUCUGAUAGUGUUGUUGCACUACAGAAAAUGUAUGAUUCGGUUCUCGAAUGGAUUCGUCGGGGUAAAAGACUCUUUGGAAAAGCUAAUGCUCCUUUGGAAAUUUUAGGACAACAUUUGGAAUACGUUGAGAAAAGAAAUGCGGCUUCUUUAUCAUUAUCUGAUAGACCGGGUCCUCCGAUGGAACCUUCUUCCCGCGAAGCGAGUCCAGAUUCUGAAGGAAGGCUUGUAUACAAAGCAAAAAGGCCUCGUAUAUUUUGCUUUUGUCGUUUACCUGAAAAUGGGGUUAUGAUAGAGUGUGAAAUAUGUCAUGAAUGGUACCAUGCAAAAUGUUUGAAGAUGUCUAAAAAAAAGCUUCGACAAGAUGAGAAAUUUACCUGCCCUGUUUGUGACUAUAGAGUAGAAAUACCCCGUUUAUCAAAUAGACCACGUCUUGAGGAUUUGCAAUCCUUGCUUAGAGAUGUCGUACUUCUGCCUUUUAGGCCGAAAGAAACUGAUACCUUGGAAAAUGUUGUCGACCUGGGUACUAAGUUUCGACAGGAACUUCAAGCAUUCGCCCACAAUCCAUUCAGCUUGACGAUGGCUGAAGUAUUGUUAGCAAGGUUUUAUCUUCGGAAAAUGGAAGGAGCUGAAAUUUUACUAGCUGAUGAAACUAAUUUAUUUAGACAGAAGCUGCACGAAUGCGUUCCUAUCGCCCCAACACCGCCGCCCGUAAUUGGAGAAUCAAAGUCUACCCGUAAACCGAGACCAACAAAACGUCAGCGUCAGAUAAUGAAGCAAGUCGCUGAGGGUUUACUUCCGGAAUCGGCGAUUUCACCUGCUAAUGCGCAAAAUGAUAAAAAAGCAACUAUGAACAAUAAUGGAACCGCAGUGAGUAAAGCGGACAGUCCCCAAAGUGACACGAAAACAAGCCAUGAAAACGGACAGUCAAAUACGGCAUUGUUGAAAGAAUUCAAGUUAACUCCAACAGCUGAAUUGAAUGGUAAUUCGAACUUAUGUGCCCAUUGUCAAAAGCCAGUGAACGAAGCAAGCUUCACUGUGUGUUCGAGGUGUAAUAAAGAAUAUCAUAAUGAAUGUACUGGAGAGAUACCAAAUAACUCUGGAUACAAGCCUUUCAUAUGUCACAGUUGUAAACGCGCUUCAGAAGAAACUCCGGCGUUACAUAGUAAAUUGCGAAAUGGAAUUCAUGCCAAAGAUGCAGAAGUUAUGGAAAAGGAUGAUAGCAUGAUUAGGCCAAGCUUAUCUAGUUCGCCGUUGGCAACAAUCUCUGAAUAUUCACAUGUAAUGAAAACUCCGGGAGGCAUGCAGGACAUGCUAAUUGCUCGAAAUUUAUCCUGCGGUGAACACGUUUUUUUUGGUACAGACGUCUUUACAUCUUUAGGAGAUAUGGUAACGGGAACACCAAACGCUACUUUUGAUGAAUUUGUUGAAAAAAAUGAUGGCUUAACGGAAAGCUAUUUAAAUAUGUAA